CAAGGAAUCAAAAUAUUUGAAUAGUUUGGUUAGAUCCAAAGCUUCAUGUUCUUUAAUGUACAUGUGUUUUGACUCCUUAGAAGCUUGUGAGUUUACUAUAACAGUGAUUCCACUCACUAAACCAAACAUUAACUCUAAUUGUGGUCAUUAGCCCUCCCUAAAUAGAAACCUGUUUUAUUCUAAUGCUAAAAUUAAACCAAAAGUGUUUGCUGCUAAACCACGAGCGUCCGAAUUCGAGUGCAAAAGAGUCAAAUCAGAGUCUCGCAUCAGUCAAAACCAGAGUCACUGUUUGGUUCUUCAGUUUCCCCCACCACAAACAGCUAAAGUCCAGCAAAUCACAGCUCGAAUUUCGAACCCAGAUCGCAGAAUCUCGUAUGGCGAAGCACACGGCGGCGCUAAAAGUCGGACUGGCACCUCACGGAGGCUGUAGACGUUUACGCCUCUUCUCAGCCUCUUCUUACCAUCCCCGAAGGUUCAGUGAACCUUUUGUUCUGUCUGCCCAGAUCCAAUUCUAUCUCCUCCCACUGUCCUUGGAAAUCCCAAUGCCACCUCCACCACCACCAAGUAGACCUUUUCUACAUUAUUCUUCUUUUUUAUAUUAUUUAAUAAGUAAACCCCCUUCAAUUUAGGCUUUGUUUGCAAGGCAUUUUCCUUCCUGUAAUCUGGGUUUUUGUGGGUCCAACUCUCUCCCUCUCUAUCUCUAGAUUUCAACAACUUGGCAACUUCAUUCAAUUUCAAGUUCCAAAGAGAGAGAGAGAGAGAGAUAAAGAAUUAUUUAAUUGUGUCCAUGAGUUGGUUAGGUGAUCCUCCAAUUCCAAUUGGCUAUCCAUCUAUCCUCUUCUUCCAUUUAUACUCUUCAGAAACAACAAAAAUCAAAAGGCAACACAAUAAUACUGUCUAAAUGCUUCUCUACUUUCUCAUAACUUGUCUUUCUUUCUUUUUCUUUGCCAAAUCUCUAUCCCUUCCUCCAUGGGCAUCUGAAACCAAAACCUUGCUCUCCUUCUACUUCAUCAAGAAUCCCUUAAUGAACACCCUACAUCAGACCAAACAAGAUCUAGCCUCUCCGGUGCUUGACCAAAUGUCAGUCCUUGACCUCCCUGACCUGGCUCUUGACUGCAUUCUCGACCUUCUUCCACCUUCUGGACUCUGCAGCAUGGCUAGGGUCUGUAGCUCCUUGAGAGAGAAAUGUGUGAGUGAUCAUCUCUGGGAGAAACACUUGAAGGCCAAAUGGGGCAAAAUCCUUGGCCUUGCUGCUCACAGAGAGUGGCAAUGCUAUCUCUCUUCCACAGAUCAUCUUGAUUCUCCUCAUCACCAAACAGGACAUCUUGGUGUUGCCAAGAUCAUCUCUCUGUUUCGAUAUCUUUCAUCCGUUUUCCGAGAUGACAAACAAAGGAAAGGAUAUGCAUCUUCUCUGCCACUUGAUUCUAGCAUGAGCUGCUACCUCUCCCUGGAAACAGGUCGUUUUUGGUUCCCAGCUCAAGUUUACAACCGUGAGAAUGGGCAUGUAGGGUUCAUGUUGUCUUGCUAUGAUGCUGAGCUCAGUUAUGAUACUCACACUGAUACUUUCCAAGCCAGGUAUCCACCACAUGGUAGACGAGCAGCUGCGGUUGAAAAGGGUGUGACAUGGGAUAGACUGAGAGCAGCUCCCAUUGAUGCAUCCCCUCAUCAUCUCCAUGUGUCAGAUUCGUUAAAAGAAUUGAAACCUGGAGAUCACAUCGAGAUCCAAUGGAGAAGGAACAAAGAGUUCCCAUAUGGAUGGUGGUAUGGUGUUGUUGGCCACUUGGAAUCCUGUGAUGGAGAUCUCAACCAUUGUCAUUGCCAUCUUAACGAUAUGGCAGUGUUGGAAUUCAACCAGUAUACAGUUGGAUCGAGGUGGAGAAGAACGAUGAUCAUGAGAGAUCAUAAAGAGGAAGGUAACGAAGAAGACGGGUUCUAUGGAGGAAUCCGAAAGCUAAAUAGUAAAGAAGAGAUUGCAAUGUGGAAGCAUCACUGGCCUUGCUCCAUCUUGGAGUAGUAGUGAAUAAGCUUUGCUUAAACAAUUGGGGAAAGAGAUUAAAGAACACCAAUUUACGGAGAAUAGGAUGUCCAUUAUAGAAGUGUGUUCUCUUUUAUCCACUGUAUGAUUGAUCGUUAAUUAUUUGUUGGCGAAAUAGUCAAAAUACAUGGAAACUAUUAUUGUCACUUUGAUAAGAGUUAGUUCAAUUUGAUAUA